AAUAUCUUCGCCUUUUUAGACACGCCCCGAGUCGGUUUAUCCGAGAUUACCUUUUAUGGUUAUACUUUUGAAAGUGAACGUAAAGCGUUCUGCCUUUAAGUAACAACUAUGAUUCUCUCUCAAUUUUAUUCUACCUACGAAAAUUUAUUCUCAACCUGACAUCAGUUGGCAAUUGAGUCUUCAUGUACUCAAACCUGUAGUUAUCAUUUCUUGCUGUUAGAUACCAGUUAAACUAUAUUUGCUUCACAGUAACCUCUAUUUUUAUAUCAAAAUCCGAAUACCUUGAGACUUUUUCAGUCGCAUUGCACUGAAAUAGUUUUGCAAUCACAUUUUGAUCAUCUUGAGUGAUUUUACUUGUUUAUCUAUAAGCACACCUGUAAACGAUGUACGGAUACAGUUAUCGAGAGCUGUCCAACAGGAUGAUGUCAUCGGUUGAGGAGUUCCAAGAGGCAUUCCAGCUCUUUGACAGUCGCGGAGAUGGAAAAAUUCACAUUGCUCAAAUCGGCGAUGCCCUCAGGGCCUUGGGACAGAAUCCGACCGAAUCUGACGUGAAGAAGUUCACUCAUCAGCACAAACCGGAUGAAAGAAUUAGCUUCGAAGUAUUUCUUCCAAUCUACCAAGCAAUCAGUAAAUCUCGUACUUCUGAUACAGCUGACGACUUCAUUGAGGGGCUAAGGCACUUUGACAAAGACGGAAAUGGCUACAUCUCUUCUGCUGAACUCAGGCAUUUACUUACUACACUUGGUGAGAAACUGAGCGACGAGGAAGUGGAGACGCUAUUGGCCGGGCACGAGGAUUCCCAGGGAAACAUAAACUACGAAGACUUUGUUCGCCAAAUUAUGUGCGGUUAGAUACAGUACUCUAUAUGCACAGUUUACUAACCCUGUUUUUUCUAGUUUUAGUCUUGUUUACGAACUAUUUAAGAAAUUAACCUUUUGGUUUCUAAUUAUAGCAUAGGCAAAAGCCGCACUCUGUUCUGUGGAUACCGUAUGUUGAUUGCCCGUAUCAUAUAUAGGAGAAUUGUACUUUUUUAUAUCAUACAAAGAGAAAAAAAACGAAUGGAAGAAAAUGAAAGAAAGAAUCAUUCUAAUUAUUUGAUAAGUAAUCUAGCUAGUAAAGUGUCGUGCCUUGACCGAAUACCUAUUAUCUCGAUUGUCCCGCGCCCCACACGUGGUAGAAUCAUUCUAAACAUAUAAUAUAGACGAGAUCAAGUACAUACAUUCCAAAUUACCCGAAAUCAAAAAUUUCUAUAUCAGCAUUUCUCUCUCCCUUGCUGCAGUGUGGUUCCCCUUUGCGAUGUACCAUUGUAAUUUCUAUAUCUAUCUAGAUGGAAUAAAAGUAAUGCGUUAAGAAAACAAA